CGUGCUGCGCGCACUAAUAGGGGCGACGGGAAAACAUCUAAAAGCACUCGCCGUGCGCGCGAGAAGAUCAGUGCUUGUGUGCAACGACGAUGACUUUUCAUUUUUGUUGCGCACCGAGCGUGUAGCCGGAAAAAUAUUGUCGUAAAAACUGGUAAACGAAAAAAGUCGUGCGUAUCGCUUUGGUCUGAGGAUGGCGGUGCGAACGAUGAGUGGACACGUUCGCGUGCGGUCGUCGUUCGACUGUAGCAACCUCAACCAUGAGUUUCCGCAUCAAAAAAGUUCUACGGAUUUCGCGAUACGAGAACGUCAAACCGAUAUAUGAAAACUGCGAUUUCGUAACAACCGGCGCGUUGCAGCGAACUCUCUCGAUAAACUGCGAUAUAGCAGCAACAACUGCAACAACAGCAACAACAACAACAACAGCAACAACAACAACAACAACAACAACAACAACAACAACAACAACAACAGACGGGAAGAUGCAUCGGAUGAGAACGUCGGGAAGGUGGCAGACGCCAUCUCCGCCGCCUCCGCCGCCGCCGCCUCUCCCUCCCGCACCGCCCGCGAGAAACCUUCCGCCGAGAGCGGGCAGCAGCAACAUCCAUCCGCCGACCAGCCUGCAUGCAGAGCUGCUUCUCUCACCAGCUGGCUUCGCCGCUCAGACGCAAGCAGACGCCGCGCAUGCGCAGCAGCACCGACUCUCGCCUCCGCCGCCACCCGCGAAAAACUACAGCGGCGGUUUCGCGCACGACGAGAGAGCGCACGCGCAGAUGGUGCGUCUCUCAAAAUGGCGGCAGCGCGGCGAGAAGGUGCCGACGCGAAACCCGAUGACGUCAGAGGACUCGUGCGGCGACAGUUCUGCGUGCGGCUGCAGCUCGUGUGCGUACGAGUCGUGUGAGGAAUGCUCCGAACAUGACUUUGUACCGCUGGGCAGCAUCCCUGGCAGCCUGGACGCAGCCGUGUUUGCAUUCCGUGACGAACAUCGCCAUGGCAACACGUAUUCCGACGAGGAAGCCGAGCUAGGAUCGUUCGAUCCACGCGCACGAGUAGCAGCCGAUCUGUACGAUCGCGAGCGCCACCUGGCGGAAGAAUUUGAAGUAAACGAUGUGGGACUUUGUUCGGAAGACGGUCGAAAAAAUUGGAUAUUAGGAGAAAAGUUCGAUCCGUAUAAGAGCGCCAAUAGUAAACGAUUCAAUGUGAGGCGAAGUUCGAAGGGAAAGUCGUUCUCUGAACUACAACGCGACAGACACGCCAUGGACAUAGACGACUGGAAAGAUUCGAUAUGUACGGAUUCGAACAAACUAGUUGGCAUUAAGUGUGAGGCGAAGUCAUCUCUGUCUAUUGCUAGCGAACUAAGCGACAUUCAUUUGCAUUCUUCUAACGAAAUCGCGAAACUGGAGGUGAAAACGAACUACACCCAGACGCCAUUUCCUGAGCAGGAUGCGAUAUCUAAGAGAAGGAACAUCCAGAGAAUGUCAGUAAGGCGGACCAAUAAGAAAGGCCCGCCGGACUUUCUAGUAUGGUCUCUGCUGUCGGCUUUACUUUGCUGCACUCCCCUCGGUAUAGCUGCCGUGUUCUACUCGUGCAAGGUACGCAGGCUGAGACAGAAAGGAGACAAGACUGCCGCCUCCAUCGCAGCAAGGAAAACAACACUGCUAAUAUUCUCGAGUGUGCUCAUAGGAUUAUUGAUGCUAGGACUCGGCAUAUUUGCUCUAUUCUACUUCAGCCCCGCUGGAGAGUUAUUAUGGGAAAAGCAGCCGGUCGACUAUAGGUUAAUCGAAGCUGAUUACGGUCGAGAAUACAGCAAUGCGAAGAUCGGAGAAAUCGAAAUCAUUCAAUGAUUCAAGGCACGGCAUAUAUGACUGUCGUGUCCGACAUUAUUGUUCGAGCGUAUAAAUAACAAUUAACAACAUGUCCCCGUUGCUGGAGGGGCGAUUAGUAUUAUAUAUUAUUAUUAUAAUGACUUCACAUGCGUCUAAUAUUGCGUUGAAGUCUAGCUGAAGCUCUGGUGAUGAUUUUUUACCAAUAUAAUAUUUGCUAUGAUAUUCCUACCGUAACGUUUAAGCGCAUUUGGAAUAAUAAUUAUAGGUUCUCUCUCCCCACUCACUUUCGCUAUAUAUAUAUUAUAUAUAAGCAUAUAAGCUCAAUAAUUAGAAUAAAUAAUAAUAAUAAUAAUAAUAAUAAUAAUAAUAAUAAUGAUAAACAAGGCACAGUUUACUAUUAUGUAACAUGAAUUAUGUCUAUGCACGUGAUUUAUAAAAAAAAAUUGUUACCCUUGGUAUAGUUUCUUUGCUUAAUACUUUUAUGCAUGCUAGCCUGCAAAUACAAAAAAUAAUAAAUAUGAAGCCAUCACUCUUUGAUCACUUAUAUAAAAUUCUGAU